AUGUCUACCACUGAAAAAGUUGAAGAGCCCGUCGUGAAAUCUAAAGGCAAAGAGAAGGAAGAAGAGAAGACUGAACUGUCCGACGAAGAUAAGCAGCUGCAAGAUGAGCUCAAUAUGCUGGUAGAACGGCUACAGGAGUCGGACGCGGAUCUUUACCGUCCAUCCCUCGAAGCGAUGGCGAAUCUGAUUCGCGCGUCCACAACAUCGAUGACGUCUGUGCCGAAGCCGCUGAAAUUUAUGCGCCAGCACUACGAAACGAUGAAGGAGAUUCAUAAGAAAAUGACGGCCAAGUUGAAGGACGUGAACACGUUGAAACUGUGCGCAGAAAUCAUCUCCGUGUUGGCGAUGACAAUGGGCACCGGUAAGGAAUGUCUCGUCUAUCGGCUGCUGAGCGACAACAGCACAGAAAAUAUCGGCGAAUGGGGACACGAAUACGUGCGGCAUCUGUCCGGUGAAAUUGCUGCAAACUGGCCCGAAUCGACGGAUAAUCUUUUCAAGAAUCGGCUGAUCGAGCUGAUCCACCAGAUCAUCCCGUAUAAUAUGGCGCACAACGCCGAGGCAGAGGCGUGUGAUCUGCUGAUGGAAAUCGAGAGACUCGAUCUGUUGGAAAACUACGUAGACGAGAGCGCCUAUCCGCGCGUGUGCCUGUAUUUACAGAGCUGCGUUCCGUAUGUGGCUGAGCCGGAGAACAUUAGCUUGCUGAAAUGCGCCCUUAAUUUAUCGCGCAAAUUCAACCAACACACGCAGGCGAUGCGUCUCGCGAUGAUGAUCAACGAUACGGAGUUGAUCAAGGAAAUCUUCAUGUCUUGUGCGGACAGCGCAGUACAGAAACAGUUGGCGUUUAUGCUCGGUCGGCAGCAGAUCUUCCUCGAGCUCCCGGAAGGUAGCAACGACUACGACGAUCUGGUAGAGAUCAUGUCCAAUUCGCACUUGAACCAUCAUUUCCUUAAUCUUGCCCGUGAGCUGGACAUCAUGGAGCCUAAAACGCCAGAGGAUGUUUACAAAUCGCACUUGGACAACUCGCGAGCUCCUUUCGGUUCUCAAAUCGAUUCAGCGCGACAGAACCUUGCCGCCAGCUUUGUGAAUGGAUUCGUGAACGCUGGUUUUGGACAAGAUAAGCUGCUGAUGGAAGACGGAAACAAGUGGCUGUAUAAGAACAAAGAGCACGGAAUGCUCAGUGCUACGGCGUCGUUGGGUUUGAUCCUGCUGUGGGACGUCGAUGGAGGUCUUACGCCGAUCGAUAAGUAUUUGUACUCGAAUGAGGACUACAUAAAAUCUGGCGCUUUGCUCGCUUGUGGCAUCGUCAACUGUGGCGUACGGAACGAAGUCGAUCCGGCGCUGGCCCUGCUGUCCGAUUACGUGCUCCACCAGAACAGCACGAUGCGCAUUGGAGCCAUUCUUGGGUUAGGCCUAGCUUACGCAGGUUCGAAUCGAUCGGUCGUGCUAGAAUUGAUUGGAUCCGUGUUUACCACCGAACGUCGGACUGGAUCGAACAUGGAAGUAAUGGGAAUUGCAGCCCUCUCGCUCGGUAUGAUUGCAGUUGGAUCCUGCAAUAGCGAGGUGACCGAGGUGCUGUUGCAGAUCAUCAUGGAUCGCAGUGAGGCCGAUCUCAAAGACACCUACGCUCGUUUCCUGCCUCUUGGUCUCGGCCUGGUCUAUCUCGGACGGCAGGAAGCAGUCGAGGCGGUUACGGCUGCGCUCGAGAUCGUUGCCGAACCGUUCCGCUCGAUGGCCACUACGAUGGUAGAAAUCUGCGCGUAUGCGGGCACUGGCAAUGUGCUCAAAAUCCAGCAACUAUUGCAUCUUUGCUCUGAGCACUACGAACCUGCUGCAUCGACUGAGGAACCGGCAUCGAAGAAAUCUGAUCCGAAGGAGUCCGCUAAGGAGAAGGAGGACAAAGAGAAAGAUCUCUCCGGUUGCCAAGCCGUAGCCGUACUCGGUAUUGCGCUCAUCGCGAUGGGCGAAGAGAUCGGGGCCGAGAUGGCGUUCCGCUCUUUCGGCAAUCUGCUACGUUACUGCGAACCGUGCAUUCGCCGCGCGGUUCCUUUGGCGCUUGGUUUGAUUUCGGUUUCAAACCCUAAGCUUAACAUUUUGGACACGCUGAGCAAAUUUUCGCACGACAGCGACGCCGAAGUGGCCCACAACGCCAUUUUCGCUAUGGGACUCGUCGGAGCAGGCACGAACAAUGCGCGUUUGGCGUCGAUGUUGCGUCAGCUUGCGCAAUAUCAUGCAAAGGAUCCCAACAAUCUCUUCAUGGUGCGCAUCGCACAGGGUCUCACCCAUUUGGGUAAGGGCACAUUCACCAUCAGUCCCUAUCAUAGCGACCGGCAGCUCAUGAGCCCGGUAGCAGUUGCAGGGCUGAUGGCAGCUCUCGUCUCCUUCCUGGACGUAAAGAAUAUCAUCCUUGGAAAGUCGCACUAUCUGCUUUAUACUCUCACUACCGCCAUGCAGCCGCGCAUGCUGAUUACCUUCACCGAAGACUUGAACUCAUGUCCCGUCCCCGUUCGCGUCGGAAUGGCCGUGGACGUUGUUGGACAGGCUGGUAAACCGAAGACGAUUACUGGCUUCCAGACGCACACUACGCCGGUGCUGCUGGCAAUGGGAGAACGUGCAGAGCUCGCGACUGAGGAGUACAUCUCCCUUACUCCGAUCAUGGAGGGCUUUUGCAUUUUGCGAAAAAAUCCCAACUAUGUCCCAUAAGCGGAGCAAACAUCGGCGUAGUUUGUGCAUAGUGGCAUCGAUUCCAUCGCGUAUCACACUAAGCAGUGAACAAUGUCAUCAUUUGGAACAGCUCUAUGCCGUUUAUGCGUAGGAAGCAUCAAUCAGCUACAGACAGCUAAAGAGUGUCGGUUUAUUGUUGCUUGUCUAUUGCGUUGAAUAACAUUUACUUAUACUAUUAG